AGACGCGAUACAGAGGGGCAAUAUCGUCCCACCGGGAAGCAGCCCUUCAGCAGUGGUCCGUACAUUCACUAAACGGCAACACGGAUCUUGCAUUCUCUCCAUUGUUUCCCCCUGGUCGUUGCUGAACCGGGCCCAACCGAGCCGUAACCAUGGGAGUCCCAGCCUUCUACAGGUGGCUUGCCGACCGCUAUCCACUCUCGAUUUCCGAUGUAGUCGAAGAAGAGCCCGCCGCCGGCGACGCCGGUGUUUCAUGCCCUGUGGAUGUGUCGAAACCUAAUCCCAAUGGCAUGGAGUUCGACAACUUGUACUUGGACAUGAACGGUAUCAUUCACCCUUGUUUCCACCCCGAUGGCAAGCCUGCACCUGCUACCUAUGAUGAUGUAUUUAAAUCAAUAUUUGAUUAUAUUGACCAUAUCUUUUCGUUGGUUCGCCCGAGGAAGCUUCUCUAUCUUGCAAUUGACGGUGUUGCACCAAGAGCCAAAAUGAAUCAGCAGCGUUCUCGGCGCUUCAGAGCAGCAAAGGAUGCAGCUGAAGCUGAAGCUGAAGAAGAAAGGCUGAGAAAAGAAUUUGAGGCUGUGGGAGAGCUUUUAUCUUCUAAGGACAAGCCUGAAACGUUUGACUCAAAUGUCAUCACUCCUGGCACUCAAUUUAUGGCGGUGCUGUCUGUGGCCCUUCAGUAUUAUAUACAGACUAGAUUGAAUCAUAACCCUGGCUGGCGGAAUACAAAGGUUAUACUUUCUGAUUCAAAUGUCCCUGGUGAGGGAGAACAUAAAAUCAUUCAAUACAUUCGACUUCAACGUAACCUUCCUGGUUUUAAUCCAAACACUCGCCAUUGUUUGUAUGGGUUGGAUGCUGAUUUGAUUAUGCUCUCUUUAGCAACUCAUGAGGUUCACUUUUCAAUAUUGAGGGAGGUGGUUACUCUUCCUGGACAACAGGAGAAGUGUUUUUCAUGUGGCCAAGCUGGUCAUCUUGCAGCUGAUUGUCGAAAUAAACCUGGUGAUGAUGCUGAGGAUUGGAAUCCGCUAGAUGAUACCCCAAUUCACAAGAAAAAAUACCAGUUUCUUAAUAUCUGGGUACUACGGGAAUACUUGCAAUAUGAAUUGGAUAUACCAAACCCGCCUUUUGAGAUUGACUUCGAAUGCUUAGUGGAUGAUUUUGUUUUUCUAUGCUUCUUUGUUGGCAAUGACUUUCUUCCACACAUGCCGACAUUAGAGAUCAGGGAGGGGGCUAUAAAUUUACUGAUGCAUAUUUAUAGACGGGAAUUCACUGCCAUGGGUGGUUAUCUUACUGAAGCUGGUGAGGUCUUCUUGGAUAGAGUGGAACAUUUUAUCCAAGCUGUUGCUGUUUAUGAAGAUCAAAUUUUUCAGAAACGAGUUCGAAUUCAGCUGGCUGCAGAAAGUAAUGAAGAGAUGAAAGCUAGGGCAAGAGGGGAAAUGCCUGAAGAGCCACGGGCCUCUGCUGUUGAUAAGGUUAGGUUAGGGGAGCCUGGAUACAAGGAAAGGUAUUAUGCUGAAAAGUUUGGUGUGUCAGGGCUGGAGGAGAUUGACAAGAUCAAGAAAGAUGUAGUUUUGAAGUAUGUGGAAGGCCUUUGUUGGGUUUGCCGAUACUACUAUCAGGGUGUUUGCUCAUGGCAAUGGUACUACCCAUACCACUAUGCUCCUUUUGCUUCUGAUCUUAAAGAUCUAGCUGAUCUGGAAAUAACUUUUUUCUUAGGAGAACCAUUUAAGCCAUUUGAUCAGCUUAUGGGGACCUUACCUGCUUCAAGUUCAAAUGCACUGCCUGAAAAAUAUAGAAAUUUAAUGACUGAUCCUUCAUCGCCUAUUUUUGACUUCUAUCCUGCUGAUUUUGAGAUUGAUAUGAAUGGCAAACGAUUUGCUUGGCAGGGCGUUGCCAAGUUGCCAUUCAUUGAUGAGAAGAAAUUACUUGCUGCAACUAGGAAGCUUGAAGGCACAUUGACGGCAGAGGAGCAACUUCGGAACAGUGUGAUGCUGGACUUGCUUUAUGUCAGCCAUGAACAUGCCUUAGCUCCGCAUAUUUUCUUGUACUACCAAAUUUAUCAUCAAUUAGCUCCGUUUGAAAGGCCUGCUUGGUCAAUUGACACAAAUGCUAGCAGUGGUGGAAUGAAUGGAUAUCUUUGGCUGAGUGAAAGAAAUGGGUUGAGACCCAUCGUAUUCUCCCCUAUCAAUGGAUUGCCAGAUAUUGAGCAUAACCAAGUCCUAAAUAUUACUUAUCUUAAUCCUCAUCGUAGUCACAGACACAUCCCAAGGCCUCCUGCUGGUGUAGUCAUGCCCGAAAAGAUUUUAAAACCCAUUGAUAUCAAACCUUUCCCUGUUCUAUGGCAUGAAGAUAAUGCAGGUCGAAGAUAUGGAAGGGAAAGGCCACAAGUACCUGGAGCAAUAGCAGGCCCUCAAUUGGGAGAAGCGGCCCAUCGUCUUGUCAAGAACACCCUUAAUAUCAAAUUAAAUAAUGCAUCCUAUGGCUUGUUGGAGCAACCUUAUCAGACCAGUCCUAACCAUCACGCAAUGAACAGGCACCGAGCAGCUGGAUCCUCUGGAUAUGGAAAAUGUUAUGUGGACGACGCAAGCAGCUAUUAUGCACAUAAUCAUCAUCAUCAGGGAAUGAUGAGCGGCAGGCUUAGAUUUCCGAUCUCAUCUAAUGGUGGACAAAAUGACAGACAGAAUUUUAGGAUACAAGAUAGGUCGCAGUACCCAGAACAAUUCCAUAACAUGAAAACCGGGUUUUCUGCUAUGACAACUACCAUGGUUUCAUGCAAGCCACCUCCAAUGUUAUUGAGACCGCCUAGCUCAAGGUCAGCAUCCAAUCUACAACAUGUGCCGAGCAUGGGGCCUCCGAUACCCCCUCCAAAAUGGAUUACGAAUGGAAUAAAUAGUAGACAUCAUGAUCCUGCUCAUGGCAUAACUUCUGAUAAGCAAAUGAAGAAAGUUUACCAAGUUAAAACACGUCAUGCCCAAAAUAUGCCAGAGCAAGCAGAGCGAUAGUGAUUGGUGUUAGAUCUUGUUUGCCUGUGUUUUGGCCGCAGUUACCUUUCUGCUUCUUUUUCAUAAUGGAGACACCAAGAAAUUAGUCGCCCAAGUUCGCUGAUCCUUUUCUUUUCAAAUCUGUGGGUGUUGAAUUUGGGGGCACCGGGAAUUAAUCUGAUGACAAGCCAAAUGCAGAGAGCAACAGAUGGUGAGGGUAAAUCCUGAAUGCUGAUUUUCACAACAGUGCGCUCAACUAGUGAGGUACGCCCUUGAUGCUAGACCAGGCUCUGCCCGGCGCAAUUUUUUUUAACUCAUCAAAUGAUAUUUAUGAGGCUUUAUGGGCGGAUGGGAAAAUUAAUUGGCUUGUGUGCCCAUUAUGUGGGCCAUAGCAUGACUGUAGGGUAGUGCACUGUAUAUGUAAAACCCCUUAGGACUUCUGUUAAAAAGAAAAAAAGAAAAAAGAAAAAUAGGGAUGAUAAAUUUGCUGAUAUCGUAUUACGCUAGUGUGAAUAGCAUACCCAUUGUUCUCUAGUUUUUAGCUGCCGAUGUAAGUAUUGGUUCCAUCACAGUUAGGGACAGACUGUUCGUUCAAGACUCAGUUUCUUUCUAUAUUCGCAAAUUUUCAGGCGCACUUGUGUGACGUUUAUCGAUUAA